UGCGCAUGAGCGUCUGCUGCCUGCGAGGUUGGGUUGGACUUCUCCAUUUUCUAAUUUCUAUUAUAAAAUUUUCGAGAUUUCAGUAAUUUUCUUAGAUAAUUGAAUAUUUUAUCAUUUUUCAAGUGUGAAAAUGAAUUCUUUACUUAACUACGGAAGUGACGAUAACAGCGACGAUUCGGGAAAGGACAGAUUUCCGGAGAUGCCUGGACAUCCGAAUCAAACAUCGUCGAAGAACUACAGAAAACCAGCGUCACAUGAAGACAACUAUGAAGAAGUCGGAAUGGACAUGAGCGAGGACUCCAACAGCUCCAGCGGCCCAGCAAAAGAAGCUUCCAAGUCAAACUAUCCACAAAAUCGGGACAAUAGGAGCCGCAGUAAAAGUCCCAAAUAUAAACGAAGUGAAGAUGAUAAAAGAAAUGGGAGAAACAAAGAUGACAGGUUUAGAGAUGAUAGAUCUAGUAGAAGGAGGGAUGAUGAUAGAGACAGAAGGAGAGAUGGUGAGAAUGAUAAAAGGGAUGAUAGAAAUAGAGCUGAUAGAAGCAGGAGAGAUGACGAUAAAGGGAGAGAUAAGAAUAGGGAUGAUCGGAGGGAUAGGAGAGAUGAUAGGUAUAGACGUGAUCGACGAGACAAAAGGCGUAGCAAAAGUCGCGACAGACGACGUUCUUCAAGAUCGCCGAAAAGAUCUUCGCCCAGAAGAAAUUCAAGGUCCCCUAGACGGUCAAGGUCUGGCUCUAAAGACAAAGAAUACAAAACUACAGGUUUCACAACAAGGCGAGAGAAAGCUGAUAAAAGGAUGGAUAGACUGGGUAAAUUGGGAAUUGAAUUUAAACCUGACAACUAUCCAGCUUCAGCUAUAGAAGAAGCUGAAAGAAACAGCAAAGACAAUGGAAAUAAGUUUUUCAUGCCAGGAAUAACAGGUCGUUUCAGAGAUCAAAUUGAAAAGCGAAAACUAUUGUGGCAAAAAGCAAAAGAACCAGAAAGUAAACCAGUUGUCCAGUCAGUUGCAACAUGUUCUACCAGUGCUAUAGGUGGCGCUGGCGGAAGUAAAGCUACUAAAGUAUAUGAAGCAACAACUUUUGCUGACGAUCGAACCUCAAAUAAAUUCAAACGUCUCAUGGGUAUCAAAAAAACUGAUACUGAUUCUUUACCAGUGAAAAGUACAGAUGUACUGAAAAAGCAACAAGAAAUGUUUACUUCCAUGGAAGCACAAUACGAAGUUGCCAGAACUGCGACGCAUACGAUGAGAGGAGUAGGAUUGGGCUUUGGUAGUUUUCAAAGAUAAUUCCCUUUUUGUAUUUCGAAUUUUUCUUUGAGUUCUUCGUUUGAAAAUUGUGAUUUUUUUUUUUAAGUUUUUUUUUUUCUACAAUUGUGUGUAUAUUAUUAUGUGAUUUAAUUUUUGGAGCUCGGUUCUUAACUGCUUUUGUAAUUGAAGGCUUUCUUGGUAGUGAGACAGGUUGAAAAAACUUUUUAAUCUGUGACUUCCAUGAAAAGUUUCACCAUGAUUAUAAUUUGGUGAAUGGUAAUAUUUUCAGGCAUGUUGUAUAUAUUAUUAAUAUGGAAAGUUCUAUCAAUUUCUCAAUUUAUUUUCUUAUUAGCUGGUUAAAGAAUGCAGUCGGCCAAUGUGCUUUAUGUAAUAAUGUUAUUGAUUUUUUGAAUGGUAAUAGCCUUGUUCCAACUCACAAGAAAACUGCAAAGAGGGAGGCCAAUUGUUGCAAGCAAUCCAUAAUCAUAAGUUCAAGUUGUAUUGAGCCAACUAAAACUGUUUCCUUGUGUGUUGGCACAUAUUGAAUAAUCAUUAGGUAGAUUUGAAUAAAUUUUAGUUAAAGAAACUUUGUUCUAAAGAAUGAAGUUUAGCCAAAUAUAUUAUUUGGAAAAACAUCUUGUAAAUAGGAUUUUCAAAAUAGGAACUUAAACUAGCAUAGUUCUUCUGGUGAAUGUUUUACCUAGGAUCAUAGAUGUCAAGGUAUAAUAUUCCUCGGAAGAACUAUACACAUCAUUUUCACACUCUUUUGUAGCAAUACAUUAGGACAAAAUAUUUGUGUAAUGUUAAACUUAGUUAAUAAAAAGCCUUAACAAUUAAUUAUAUUGAAGUUUUAUUUCAUAAUAAUUUACAGGUCAGUCAUAUCUUCAAUUUUUUGCUUUAUAAAAAAAACGAUUUUUGUUUCAAAGUUAGAAUUACUUUAGCAUAAAUUGAUAAUUACAUGGGAUUAAAUCACUAUUAUAUUUAUAUAUACAAUAUAAAUAUCAGUGUAUAAUUUAUACAAAUUAUGCAGUUUCUGGAGGAGUUGCACUGCCACCUUCAGGCUUGCUUUCUAAAGAGAACGGAGGGAUUCUACAGUCAAAAGUGUAACCAUCUUCACGUUCCAUUCUGAAUGUACC